CCCUUUGAGAGUGUGGAGUACCCAGUUACUGAUGUGGCCUAUCCGUACUUUACGCUCAAGCGUUGGGCCUACUAUUCGGUGGCCACGGACAGACACUUAUUUGCUUUUGCCGUCGUACAGGUUAACUAUGCCGCAGUGGCGUUUGCCUAUGUCGUGGAUCUGGAGACUAAGGUCAAGUACGAUUACUCUUCGAUGGUUCCUCUGGGUCUCGGAGUGGAUAUGGCGCCAAGCUCUGUUCAGGGAUGCACUCGAUACAAAGGUUGGAGCAACGAGAUCAGUGCUUGUUUCGAUAAGGAUACCAAAACAUGGCAGAUAUCAGUCGAUGUUCAAGCAACGAAUGAGGACCAUGGUCAU